ACUGCAUCGUUUCAGCUUCGAUUUCAUAACUCCGGCGUGUAUAUGGAUGGAGUUUAUAUAAGGGAUAGAGACCGUGUUGAGAAUAUUCCCUUAUCUGGAAGUUUCCACAGGACGUUCGAGGGAGGCGAGUGGAAGUGGAAUGUUAAACGGUCAUGAAACCUCUGCCUCAGAGCUUGGGUUCUGUGAUUUUUGAACAAUUUCGGGAUCAAAGAGUGAAACAAACAAUCAAGACUCCGGACAUGGACUAUGUUCCGAUGUUUAUUUUCCACAUGGCCUCAAUUUUGUUUGUGCUGGAAGAAAGUGGACUACAGUAUCUACUAUAGUGCAUCCAGAAACAACAGGAGGUGAUUCCCUGAUUUUUGUAUUACAAUUUGUAUCUAGUUCUAUCUAUUGCAUAAUAUUGUAUAGCAAUAGAUGGAAUGAAAUAGAUCAGCCAGGUAAAACAUCACAGAGGUCCCAGGAAGAAAUGAAAGUAAAAAUCCUGAGUUUCUCGUGGUUGUCAAAAACUAAAAUUGCAGAAUGAUUACUGUGAACAGAAGAGGAAGAAAACGUCAGUUUCUGCAAUUAAUUUUUACAUGUUUUUUCUUCUCUCUUGUCCUCCUUUAUUGGGAGCAACUGGAUGCAAAUGUCAUUAGUCAUGUGAAAUCUUAUUCAUACAGAUAUCUCAUCAAUAGAUACAGUUUUUUGAAUGACAGCCUGACUUUGAACAAGGAGAUAGCAGUUAGCCUUCAUAGCUACCAGAACUUGAUAACCCAUGCAAACAAAUGCCAAGAUCAAGAUGUCUUGCUUCUUUUGUUUGUGAAGACAUCUCCUGAAAACCGUCCUCGGCGGGAUGCUAUCCGUGAGACAUGGGGCAACGAACACUACAUAUAUUCUGAGUUCAAAGCCACUAUAAAAGUGAUAUUUGUUUUGGGUGUAUAUAAAGAUCCCUCCCAGCGCAAGGUUAUACAGAGUAGAUUACUGGUGGAAGAUUUACAACAUGCAGACCUUAUUCAGCAGGAUUUCUAUGAUGACUUUUACAAUCUUACAUUGAAACUAAUCUUCCAGUUCAAGUGGGCAAAUAAUUUCUGCAAAAAUGCUAAAUUUGUUAUGUCUUCUGAUGAUGAUGUUUUUGUACACACUCCAAAUUUAGUAAAAUACCUCUUACAGUUGGAUAAAGGGAUAAGUAACUUCUGGAUUGGUCGAGUACACAAAGGUGCACCCCCUAUAAGGAACAAAAAAAGUAAAUAUUAUGUUUCCUAUGAAAUGUACCAGUGGCCUGCUUAUCCUGACUAUACUGCAGGUGCUGCAUAUGUUGUAUCCCAGGAUGUGGCAGCAAAAGUUUAUGAGGCCUUAAUGACCCUAAACAGCAGUCUUUAUAUUGAUGAUGUUUUUAUGGGUAUAUGUGCCAAAAAAAUGGGAGUAGAACCACAACAACAUAUAUAUUUUGCUGGUGAAGGAAAAGCCCCUUACCAUCCUUGUAUUUAUAAUCAAAUGAUGACUUCUCAUGACCAUGUGAAAGAUAUCCGUCAUUUAUGGCAAGAGGCGACAGAUUCAAAAGUGACUUCUCUCACCUCUGGAUUUUGGGGGGAUCUUUACUGUCGGCUGGUCAAAGUGUUUCUUCUCUGCAAACCAUACUAUGUAGAUACAUAUCCUUGCAGUGCUGCAUUUUCCUAAUGCAGUAACUACAUUAAAAUUGCACUGAUCUUUCCUUUUUACUUGUAUGGGAAACUGGCUGUAAAUAAACCUCCAGAACGAACGGUUUUAAUUUUAGACCAAGUUGACCAGUAACAACACUUGCCAGUGUUUAUUUUUGUCUAUCCAUAACUUUGGAAAAACAAAUCAAGUGUAAGGCAUGGCGUAUCAACAGGUUUUACAAACUGGCAAAGCCCCAGAUUUGUGCUGAAUGUGUGCUACCAGUGGCUGCCAGUAUACUUUCCCAGGAAUGGUUUAAAUGUAGUUGUGGGGAAAAUGGUGAGCAGUGAACAAAUUCUAGGGACAUUUAUUAUCUAAACAUCCCUAACUUAUUCUGCUAUGAAGCAUUCCACCACCUAGCAUGUAAAUUUGAAGUUAUUCAGUAAAAAGUAUUGUGUACAAGGCAAUUUGAUCAGAAUAAAGCUAGGCUUAAGUUACAUUUGAGGUUAAUGGAGCAGUAACUUUUGCAUAUGAAAGAAAUAUCUGACAAAUAUCAAACAACUAUUUUUCAUGCAUGACUACAAAGUAUCACUUUGGAUAGAAAAAUUUACAUGGUUGAUACUAUACCACAUUAAUUCAGUUGCUAGUUAUCAAUUGUUAUUAAUUUUCAUUCCUCCCAAAAAUCAGUCAGUCUAUCUGUGAAAUGUAUGGUCUCAGUUGUUCAACAUAAUAUUAUGACCUAUGUACAUGACUGAAACUUUAUUUAAUAUUGAAGAGAAAUCUAUUUUGAAACAAGUUACAUGCACACACCAGUCUGUCAUUGAGGAAUACUGGUGACAAGUUCUUGAUGUUGUACAUAAUCCUUACUUUGACAGACAUGGGCAGUAAAACUGCGUAGUCAAUAUUUCACUGUUUGCAAAUUAAGCCAGUGGUUUGAUUGGAAAGAACAAAUUUGAAAAUGUUUUGAUUUGUCUUCAGGUUUAUAUGAGAAAUUUAAAGUUCAGUCUUUGCUUUUCGACUUUUUCACGAAGGGCUGGUUAUUCCGCACCGAUUGCUUUUGGCCCUAAAUUACAAUUGAUCGUAAGAGUUGCAAUUUCAAGUGCAGUAUGCUUUUGUGCCUUGAAUGUGAAUGUUUGCAUAUUGCAAUUUAUCAUUACUUAAACUUUGAGUAUGGAAACUGUUGAAAAUCCAAUUUACAAAACAUUACUUAAUUAGCUUACAGAAUGUUGUGAUUGUUACUAUCACAAUAUUGAUAUUUUACAUCAGGGGAAAAACUUCAACUUUUGAUGUACAUAUUUUCUAUUCAUGUAUGCAUGCCUCACGUUGUUUGAAUGCUGCUACUUGGCAAACUAAUUGGAUGAAUACCACCUACUAUAUACUACAGAGGAACAUAAUUCAAGUCAACUCUGGUGACAGAACUUAAUUAACACACUCCCUCAAAUGUUCUUACAUAAUUCCAUUUUGAUAAUCGAUGCUUCUGAAAAUCUAACGUCCUAAUACUCCACUCAUUUACUUAUCAAAUUCCUGAACAACAACUAAGCUUGUUUUAUAUCUUGGGAUAUUUGGCAAAUACAUACCUAAUUGGCAAAAUGUAUAAAUUUCUAUUAUGGAGGUAGUCCUUGUGUAAAUCUUGUUUUGUAACAAAUUCUCUAAUGGUUAUUGCCAUAACCAUUAUUUGAAUAUGAAGUUUAGUGCGAUGGAGGAAAGUGACAAUGUCUUGAGAAAUGGAGGCUUCAUAGCAAUGUAAACUCUGGCCUUCCAUACACUUCAAACUGUUUGACAGCACAGCACAGUUCAAAAGUUGAAUUUUUGUCUUUGGGGACUGUUAAACAGUGGAAAUCAAUGGUUUUUGUACUUUCCACCUGCAGCAAUCACAGCUUUUAAUUCUGUCAGAGUAUCUUCAAUUGCCAUCUCUUUAGCAAACAUUGCUUUGUGUUUCUUUUUGACAUCACACUGCUUCUUAAUUCCCCUGCACUUGGUGAGCUAUAAAACUGAAGCUGCUUCUAUCUUGGUAUCUUUUGAAAGUUUGAAAUGAACCAAACCAAUGAGAGCCUCCAUGAUGUUUUAGUUUCACCAUUAUCAAUUGUGUUAUCACUGGUUGUUUUUGGACUCCUGGUAGAAAUUUCUGGUAAACUAAAUUCUGCUUGAACUAUGGAUUUUCCAACAAGCCAAUGGGGUAUGAUGGAGUCUUGAUAAGUAAAUUGUCAGGUGCUGAACCAUUCUUUUCAAUCUCUCUUUUAAAAAGAUUAUUACGUGCUUAUGUAAUAGUCCCUUACGUUUGGUCUCUACUAAUUAUGCAGCUGUUAACCCUGCCUGUGCUUCACCCUUGACUCAUUACACUGGAAUUUGUUUUCAUAAAGUCAGUUCAUAUGCACUCUGUUAUUGUGAUCUGUUUUGAUUUCAGGAGACAAGCUACUGGUGUUCAUUAUGCUGAAUUUGUCUUCCUACCCCAGACUUUUACACCUGUAGGCAGGGGAAAACAGGUUCCACAUGUCUGUUGUGAAAGAAGGCAAAAUUUAUCUGUUUGGUCACUUGGAACUCUUCUCUAGAUUCAAAACAACAGCACAAUAAAAAAAAUUGAGAUUAAUUGAAAUUAGUUAAAUUGCUGUACAUUUCAAUUGCAGAUGAACUCUGCAGUGUCCGGAGAUUAGAAAAGUGAAGAUUAGUAACAUCAUACAGAUUCAGAGCAUUUGGUAAUGGGGAUCCAAUGCAGUUACACUGGGUGGGAUUGGGGUGGUGCGAAGAGAGAGAGAGUAACCAAAAGAAUACCAUUUCUGGUACAAUACCAGUUUGUGUAGAACUAAGAGCCUUGUUUAAACUAAUAUUGGUGUUAGUGCUGAAAUAUGCAAACUGCAGUAAAUUGGAUAAUUGUUAGAUGAAACACAUUAAGGUUUUGCGGUUUUGAAAAUGCUAGUUCUGGACAUUAUUGUGAAUGUGAAGAUUGCUUGAAACAUAAAGGAGUAAAGGAUAAAUUACAUCUGCUGUUUCUCACUUAAAAACUAAAAUCUGUUUUUGCGUGACUAUUACCACUAAAGUUCUUAUUCACUUCAAAACAGUAAACAUUAUUGCAAUUUUGUAGGUCAAGACCCAUUCUGGUUUUGAUCUGCUACGUGCAGUGUAUAGUUACAGAAGUGAUUAACUUGUGUUUUCAAAUAACAGUAGUCACAUUUGUGGUAACUGCCUUUUUCUCCUUUUGUCAAAUUGUGAUUAUUAAAUGCAGAUGUAUAGGAGUUUUAAAGAAAUGUAACUAUUUUAAGAUUAAUUGGAACUAAAAGGCUUUAUUUUCUACAAUCGGAGUUUUUAAAAAUUGGAUUCCUACUUCACACAUCUUAAGGACUAGCUAGUGGAAGAAAUUCAUUAUUGCCUCUUUUUCAUUUUUGGACUUACUUUACCAUGUUAUUGCUAGACUGGCUCCAAAGUUAUGUUUCUUUACAAAUUUCUGUUUUCACUGAACAUUAUGUGGUGUGAAAUGUGGCAAAAACACACUGGUAAGUGAGUGGUGCACUUUUUUAAGUUAGACUAUUUAAAGGGAGUUUUGAACUGUGCAUCUGGACAAUGAUUUGUCAUAUCUGUAAAUGAGUGCCUAAGGCUGUCAGAGAUGGAAAAUCUUUUAAUUCUUCAAGCUGGUAUUUUUUGUCCUUUUUAAAAAUAAAUUUUGUAAGUGGGUUUCAAAUAAAUUGGUUCUAUAUUUCAGAAGCAAAAAUUGUAUUAAUUUGGUAAACAUAAUGGGAAAAUGAGUGAGUGAUCAGUGGCAAGGUCUAGCCCACGUUUGCCAAGAGAGUAGUAGUUUUUCUCCAAGCUCAUGGCAAGUAGAGGAGACGAGGCAGAUUGGAAUUUUUCUCCCAUGUUGUAUAUGUGAACAUUGUGCGAUAGGAUAGUUGGGGGCAGGACACCUUGUGAAAUGUUUAUUUUCUGGCUUUAAAGAAAAAGACCCAUGGAUAAUUUAAAAUGAGAAGCUCUCAACCAAAAGUUUAUUAAAAUUAAGAUUAUUUUCCUGUAGUUUUGAGAUGGUAAACACAAGUAUAGGACAAGAACCAAGAAAAUUUAAAAAGUGACAAUGUGAGCACUUACUGAAAUACACCAGUUCAGUUUCAAAAAAGAACAACAAACUAUUGAUCCUAUUCUCCAUUUGAAGCUUAAAAUUUAUGACUUUUUAAAAAUUUAAUGCCUGUCCAUAAUACCUUUUCAGGGAAUGUAAUUAAAGGAUUAUGGCUCUAACUAUUUACCUACUAAC